CGAGACGUUGCAGAGUGCGAACCCACGCUCGGCUCUCUCCAAUAGUGCCACUGCUGUCACACAGCGCAGGAAAAAGGGGCACAAGAACCCAUCCAAACCAGAAACUCUCCGCAAUAGGACUGCUUCACCAGGAAGACCGUUUCCACUCAAAUGAAAGCUGGAGUGAUUUUCAAAUCCAUUUGAAUUAAUUUGCUCAGUGGUUUUUUCCUUUCCUAUACAUGGACAUAUCAGUGACUAACAAGCAAACAGGAUCUAAAGCUUUUUUUUGGACAUGGGAACAUACUAUGCUUUGACAGUACAAACAUGCCACUGUUACUGAAAUCAGAGGACAUUUCUGCUUUAUCUUUUUCGAAUAUAUAAUGGUAAGCAAAAGAGGCCAUUUUAAUGGCAGUUCUAUUACUAAUUCAGCAAUGUGUGAAAAUUAAGUGGAAUAUGUCAGAAUCUCAUCUAACAUUGUUUCUUUGAAUCGAGGGGAAAUGUGUUAAAGAUAGGAAGGUUCGGCCAAAUUCUAUUAAUUUGGGGAAAUGAGCAAUCAGUUAGGGAUACAACUUAAGAAUGUCACCUAUUCUCACUUUGGUGUUUUUUAACUACAAUAUAACUUUACAAGGAACGCUGACAUUUAGCUUUCAUACAGUAAACAACAUAAGCUGCAGCUGAAAGCCCGUCCUUGGCAAAGAUGGGCAAUCACUUGCUCAACAGCAGCACUAUCAACGGCACACUAGACACGGAGGCGCAGUUUGAAAGCUUGAGCUUGUUAGUGCUCACAGUCUUGAUCAUCAUCCUGAUCGUGGUGGGCAACCUGCUGGUCAUUAUCGCCAUUACACGAACUUCCCAGCUGCAGACCAUAACCAACAUCUUUAUAAUGUCCCUGGCAUGCGCCGACCUCAUCAUGGGGGUUUUAGUUGUGCCCCUGGGGGCGACCAUCGUGGUUACGGGUGACUGGCAGCUCAACCGGAGGUCCUGCGAGCUCUGGACCUCGGUGGACGUUCUGUGUGUAACGGCCAGCAUCGAGACGCUGUGCGUGAUCGCAGUGGACCGGUACAUCGCCAUUACCCGGCCCCUCAGGCACAAGGUGCUGAUCAACAAGUGCCGCGCGCGGGUCAUCGUGUGCAUGGUGUGGGCCGUCUCUGCACUCACCUCCUUCGUUCCCAUCAUGAACCAGAACUGGCGAGCGGAAGACGACGAGGCCCUCAAGUGCUACGCGGUGGAGACCUGCUGCGACUUCAUCACCAACCCCCCCUUCGCCAUCAUCUCCAGCGUGGUGUCCUUCUACAUCCCUCUGCUCAUCAUGAUCUUCAUCUACGCCCGCGUCUUCCUCAUCGCCACGCGGCAGAUGCGGCUCAUAGACAAGAACCGGCUACGCUUCCAGGGCGAGGGCGCGGUCCCCCCGCCUCAGCCCCCUCACCACGGCAACAACAACCUGCCGCGGUCGGGCAGCAGCACCGGGUCCUCCCGCAGGAAGAACUCCAAGCGCCGUCCGUCGCGGCUGACGGUGGUGAAGGAGCACAAAGCCCUGAAAACACUGGGCUUCAUCAUGGGGGCCUUCACCAUCUGCUGGCUGCCUUUCUUCGUGGCUAACAUCAUCAACGUCUUUGACAGGAACAUGCCCGGGAGGACGCUAUUCCGCAUCCUGAACUGGCUGGGCUACUUCAACUCGGGCCUCAACCCCCUCAUAUACUGCCGCAGUCCUGAGUUCCGCCUGGCUUUCAAGAACCUCUUGGGCUGCCCGUGGCUGCCCACUCCGCGCAUGAACACCCUCUACAAGGAGCUGCGCACUCUUUGCCCCUGCUUUGGAGGCUCGCCUGAAACGGGGGCGGCGGGUUCCUUCCACAAACCGCCCCCGGUCCAGAAGGACGAGAGCCUGGCCAGCAGUCAGAGCAGCUCCAGGAGCGAGGAGCCAUCUCCAGCCCCCCCACACUCCAACAGCAGCAUGCGGCUCAGUGACUUCUCCGAGCCCGACACAGAACUUUUCACUCUACAGGAAAGUGACAGAUGAGCAGUCUUUGAGCUGGAAUGUCAACACUCUGAGAGAGACUUCACCAGACUGUCUGGCUGCUCCAGUGAGUCAGUGCGCCAUCAAAGGAAAUGGUACAGCAUAGAUUUACAGGAAAGAGAAAGAGGAAGGCCUGUGAUUGGCCAAAGGGGAAAGGAUGCCCAAAAGGAGGCUGCUGACAGGCUUUCCCUGGUGAGAACGUUGAGCGCCAACAUACCUGGUGUUUGCAGAAUCGGGAUGAAAGGAGACCCGGGAGAGGAGGGAGACUUUCCAUCCCUGCAGCGGACCUGUUCCUCGGCCACUGAGAAGCAGGUCCCAGCCCAUUGCACAGAGCACAGAUUCCCAUCCCCAGCAGGAAGGCUUGGGCAUGCCGUGGCCUUUGGAAAAGGAGCUGGCACACAGUGGUCAAACCUUCAGCCUGACUACGCUCUGUACGUCUCAGUGUUCAUUCACAAUGAACUGUAACAUGUACCAGAGUUCAGCACAAUCAUACCGGACAGGAGCACUUACAAUGUGUAACAGUGAUACAAUGUGGACUUUUAAGCACAAAGUAUGUUACUUCUUGUAUAAAAAAAGGUAGCAUUUGAAAUACGAUUGUACUUUUAGAUUUUCCUUCCUUUUAUCUGUGAAUGUGCACAUGUUUAGCAGCAUUGCUAAUGCAGGAUUCUUGCCAUUGUACUUAUCAAGCUUUCUGUCCUACCAAACUUCUCUCUCAAGUAUUGUGUCCUUUACAGAGAAGAAUAAUGCAAUGUACUUUAUCUUUCCCAUGGAGAAAUAACCAAACCUUGGAAGGGCAUAGUGUUGAUAGCAGUGAUUCCAUCUGAACGCUUGAACAAUAAACCCUAACUCCAACUCACAAAAUUAACCACCAUCUUCACAGAUGCAGUAAUUAUUCACAGUUGUGAGCCUGAAGCAUUUAUGCCUGAUUGAUAACAAGAUAUCAUAAAAUAGACAAGAUAACAAACCACUUCAUUUUUUAAAGAAGGGGCCUUUUAGUUAGAUUAUUAAAAUGCACAAGGUGACAUGUAGGCACAGGAAAUGUUAUUUCUUCCCCUGAAUGUAGUCUUUCAAGCACAUUGUAUUAACAUUUAUGAAAUACCAAAGACACAGAGGAUGAUUUCAUUAGGUGCGUAGGGCAUACAUUUUCACCUUCCUAUAAUUUUAUAAAUAACUAAAAAGACUUUUAACUUUUAAAAUAAAUGAAAUGCAUAUAAUUUCAGGGCAUGAGGUGAUGCGGUCUCAAUAAUUGUUUAGGAUUGUCAUUUUUCACUCUUCUUUUGUAUACAAUACAGAUGUUUAUGACAAGAUAAUGCCAUCCUACCUGUACCCCCUGACUCACCCCAGAAUACAUUCCUGAGGAAAAUGUUCAGGCACUUUCACACAGAGAUAAAAGUUAAAAACAAAACUGUACACAAUCUUUUUAACCAUUCAUAUAAAUGGUAAAUGGUUGGAAUUUAUAUACAAUUUAUGUACAAUUUAUGCUACUCAUUCACCCAUUCAUACACACACUCACACACCAACGGCGAUUGGCUGUCAUGCAAGGCACCAACCAGCUCAUCAGGAGCAUUCGGGGAUUAGGUGUCUUGAUCAGGGGCACUUCGACAUACCCAGGGUGGAUCGAACCGGCAACCUUCCGACUGACAGACGACUGCUUUUACCGCCUGAGCUAAUGUCGCCCCGAUAUAUGUUUAAAGGGAAAGAAAAACAGUUAAAAUAUAAAGAAAUAUAUGGUUCCACUAUAUUGAUCCAUUGAAGGAUUCCGAACUAUGAUAGUGCAGUGAAUCAGUAACACAGCCAUUAUAAUAGAUUCGGAUCCAUCGUAAGUAAUUCUGCCGCGGUCUGGAAGUGCUGAAAUGGAAUGCACGGCACAGACAGUGAUGCCCUUCCUAUCUGGAAAUAUUUCUCCUACUCCUAACUUAUUUCAAAAAAAGUUCCAGUGAUUGUCAUUGUUGUUGUUGAUGUUGUUUAACGUGCAUCAAGAAUAGAUGUCAUUAUUUUUUUAAUUAUUUUGGUUGGUCAGUUAAGGGGGUUAUACAGUACUUGCACAUCUAUGCUGGUUCCCAAAACAGCCAUACCCGCACAAAUAUAUGAACAUGAAUGAGAGGUGUUGGCAUAUAGUAAAAUGUAUAGUAAUAUAUAUGAAUACAUAUAAUGAAACAUAUAGUAAUAUAGUGUAUAUGAACAGUCCACCUGUUCUCAUGAACACCAGAUUGACACCAUUUUGUUGACUGCUGCAGAGCCUAUUACAUUUACAUUGUUUCCAACAUCCUGUUUUUAUACUUUGAACCCCAGAUUAUUUGGAUGCCUACUUCAUAAUUUUUCAAUUUUUCUGCCAAAAAGAUGUGAUUGCAGACUGCUGUUUAUGUGUCAUGUCACAACCCUGGGUGCAAAUAAAUAAUAUUGUCAAAUAUUGGCUCGGAGGAGUCAGGAUUAUGACAAAGCAAAUGUAGAAGUAACCAAUUAUAAUACUUAGAACUGCACAUAAAAUCAGUAAGGAACACAAGCAUGGUACAUCAGCCCCGACACUAAUAUGGGCACCAAAAAUCUCCUUGGUCACAACCAAACCUAGCAAUUUGGUGAUGAAAAAUAGGAAUUGGAAAUAAAUUAGACUGUGAACCUGA